AUGGCGUGCCGUAUUAAAGACUGCACGGAUCCAGUCAGUGCUGGUCCGUGGAGUUUCCUACAGAUCAAGCAUAUGAUGGCUUUCAUUGAGCAGGAAGCCAAUGAAAAGGCUGAAGAAAUAGAUGCAAAGGCAGAAGAAGAAUUCAACAUUGAGAAGGGUCGCCUUGUUCAGACACAGAGGCUGAAAAUCAUGGAGUAUUACGAAAAGAAGGAGAAACAAAUUGAACAGCAAAAGAAAAUUCAGAUGUCCAACCUGAUGAAUCAGGCAAGACUGAAGGUCCUCAAGGCAAGGGAUGACCUUAUUGCAGAUUUGCUGAAUGAGGCCAAGCAGAGACUUGCCAAGGUGGUGAAGGACACUGCCAGGUACCAGACACUGCUGGACGGACUAGUCCUACAGGGAUUCUACCAGCUGCUUGAGCCCAGAAUAGUUGUUCGGUGCAGGAAACAGGAUCUUCCUAUGGUUAAGACAGCUGUACAGAAGAGCAUUCCCAUCUACAAAAAUGCCACAAAAAGGGAUGUGGAUGUUCACAUUGACCAAGACAACUUCCUGCCAGAGGAAAUUGCUGGAGGUGUUGAAAUCUAUAACAGCGAUGGUAAAAUUAAGGUUUCCAAUACCCUGGAAAGUCGGCUGGAUCUUGUAGCCCAGCAGAUGAUGCCAGAAAUCAGAGUGGCUCUCUUUGGUGCUAAUGCCAACAGGAAGUUUUUGGACUAAACCUCUGUGAGAGAAGGUGGGAUCUGUUCCACUGCCAUACUGAAGGGGAUGCAAAGGCAUCUGCUAAUUUAAAAUCUGGAAAUAUAACAUUACCUUGUCAUCCAAUCUCUGUUCUUCAAUGGAAUAAUUUUGCAUACCUGCUGUGCUUAGCCUCUCUACUUGUGGUUAGAAUGUAUUGCUUAAAGGAUGUGAAGACAUACAUAUUCAUCCAGCAGUGACACUAGAAAAUGGAGGCGUUUGGGCUCUUGGCUUUCCUUGCACUGUGUGGCUCUAUAAAGACAAGUGGUCCAUUUAGGAUCACUCUCUUUGCUUUGGCCACAUCUCUUUCAAGUUGUCUAAUCUGUGAAGUAAAUUACUAUGCUGCCGAUGGGAAGUCCCUUUUCAGUUAAGGUCUUCAGUGUUCUAGAGGGCAUGCAUUCCUUCCCAGGGUUAGUAGUUUAAUUCAUGUUACUUGGUCAGGCAUUUUUCUGUUCUGUAUAUGUGAUUUUUAAAAAAAAGCCUGAGCCUGUAAAACUGUAUUUAUUAAAAUAAAAAUGUGUGUGUGUAUGGA